GACACGGCACAUACACGAUAUUGUCCAAUGAAUUGGCCCUGCCCUCCAGAUCAUGUGAUUCAGGUGCUCCAAUCCCCUCCAUGGACACAGGUGUAUACAAUCAAGCCCCUAGGCAUGCAGACGGCUUCUACAAACAUUGGUGAAAGAAUGGGUCGCUCUCAGGAGCUCAGUGACUCCAAGCGUGGUCCCGUGAUAGGUGGCCACCUGGGCAAUAAGUCCAUCCGUGACAUUUCCUGGCUACUAAAUAUUCCACGCUCAACUGUUAGUGGGAUUAUAACAAAGUGGAAGCAACUGGGAACAACAGCCACUCAGCCACCAAGUGGUAAGCCACGUCACAUGACAGGGCGGGGUCAGCGCAUGCUGAAGCGCGCAGUGCGCAGAAGUCACCAACUGUCUGCAGAGUCAAUAGCUAAAGACCUCCAAACUUGGUGUGGCCUUCAGAUGAGCCCAACAAGAGUGUGUAGAGAGCUUCAUGGAAUGGGUUUCCAUGGCCGAGCAGCUGCAUCCAAGCCUUCCAUCACCAAGUGCAAUGCAAAGCAUCAGAUGCCGUGGUGUAAAGCACGCCACCACUGGACUCUA